GACAGGAUAUUUAAAUGCAUUUUUCCUCUCUUGCUCGACGCCGCCAUCAUCAUCGCUCUGUGUGUGCGCGUAUGUAUGUAUGUGUAUAUGUGUGUGGCACGCAAAGCGGCGGACAAAAUGGCGAAAUUUUCUGAGUUGAACCACAACGGUCAAGAGUACACAAGACCAACAGUUCCGACUAGCAGCGUCCACUCAGGAGUUUCCUUCAUUUUAGUCCACCUUGGUUCAGCAUUUUUCCUCCAUUAAACGACGCGUGGCCUUACUGAAUGAAAGUCAACCCUCUGUGAUGCCGAUUCGCCGAGCAGCAGCGACUCCAACCCAGGAGAAGCUCCCCUCGGCCACAGCAGAGACAGAGCCUGCAGACACGCCAGACAAGUCAGCAUCAACUGAUGGCGAGCAGCCGGCACCUUCCACCGAGACUGCAGAGGCCAAGGCGAGCGAUGGCGAGCCAGCAGAGAACGGCGAGAAGGUGGAUGACGCGGCCGCCGACAAGGCAGGGACAGACAAAAAAGGUUUGUCUUCCCUGUCGGUGACAAACGGACAAAGUGAGAAAUGCAAGGACUGCGUGGCUGGCCAGUGCGCAACACACUGCUAUGUUCCCCUACAAAGGCUGAAGGACGGCUACAAGUACAAGAAAGCCAAAGUCAAGAAGGUGAAGAGGACCAUCCCGGUGUGGGCCAGCGUCGCCGGCAACAAAAAGCGCCCCGUCUCCAACUACGCUGGCACUCAAAACAGACUGGACCACCUCCUCAUCGAAGCCAUCACUUCUUUCAACCACAGGUCUGGAGUGUCCUACCAGUCGGUCAUGAAGUACAUUGUCAAAAAGUACCCUGACAUGGAGCUGGACAAGAAGAAGUUUCACAUCAAGAAAGUGAUGAAGAAGCAGCUGGAGAAGGGCACCAUCAAGCAGCUAAAAGGCAAAGGCCUCUCAGGAACCUUUACCCUUGGGAAGCAGCCGUCCUCAUCAAAGAAGGCCGGUACCAAGCAGGAAUCUCUGGGAGACGCUCUGCCGCUCAUCAUCACACGUCUGUGUGAGCCCAAGGAGGCGUCCUACUAUCUCAUCAAGAAGUACCUGGAGCAACACUUCCCCAGCCUCGACAUCGAGAACAGGCCGGAAGUCCUGAAGUCUGCCCUGGUAAAGGCUGUGGAGCGGCGACAACUGGAGCAGAUCACUGGGAAAGGAGCCUCCGGAACGUUCCAGCUCAAGCGCACUGGCAACCAGGUGCCGCUGAAGGGCGGCGCUCUGGAGGACGCCAUCUUGGCAGCCAUCACGGCCAUGAACGAGCCCAAAACGUGCAGCUUCACCACACUGCGCAAGUACCUGCUGGAUGCCAACAAGGACAUCAAGGAAUACCAGUUGGUGGCCAACCUGAGGAGGACUCUGACUAAGUGUAAAGUCCUCGGCUGGUUGGAGCAGAUCACCGGUCACGGCUUCACAGGAACAUACCGGCUCUUGUUCCCCUUUUACCCAAGCCCGACCACUCUGUACCCAGACAAAUUCAACAAGCAGUCCAUGAAGGCCAAUCAGCCCGCCUCCAGGUCCAGGCGGAGAGCUGCUUCUUCAGACGAGGAAGAAUCCGAGGAGGAGGAAGAGGAAUCUGAAGAUGAAGCUCCGGUUCGGAAGAGGACGCCCGCCAAGAGGCCCCCGCCCAAGGUUAGACAACCACCCCCGGCGAAGAAGUCUGGCACCACGAGAGGGAGAGGACGCCCCCUGAGUAAAAAGUCUCCCGCCAAGAAAGUGGCAACCAAGAGGGUGGCGGCCAAACAGUCAGCCUCCAAGAAAGAAGCUCCCGCUAAAGCCACCCCCGUGAAGAGGCGAGCACCCGCCAAGAGGCCAAAGACGCCGGCGGUCAAAAAGAUGGCCAAGCGAGCGGCCAAACGACCCGCCACCCCACAGGAGUCCCCCGAUGAGUCCGAACCAGAAGAGGAGCCUCCAGCGGAGAAGUCGAAGGGCGGCGCCAAGCGGUCGAAGCCCGAGGAGUCUUCAGCCAAGCGGCCCGCCGCCAAAAAUACAAAGAGGGGCGGGGCCAAGCGAUCAAAGCUGGAGGCUGCGACCCCCGAGGAGCCGGUAGAGAAGAAACAGCCGAGCAAAGGCAGGCACUCCAAGGCCGACAAGAGCGACGAGCCGGCCGCCAAGAAGGCGGCACCGAGCAACAAGAAGUCCACUCGCAAGUCAAAGAGAGGCAAGAACUGAGACCGGGACCGUCUCCCUCAGAGCGGGCCGCCCUCAAUUCUCCGCUUCCGUCAGUGCUCUCGCACCCUUUUUAUUGUGCUCCCCUUUUUUAACGGGGCAGUAGUUUUUUUGUUUUUUUACUUCCACGGUAGAAGAAAGUCAUUACCACCAGUUUCCUGUAAAUUAAUUUCCUUUUUAAUCAGCAAGUAGAGAAGCUCACUAGUGUUGCUGCACCAAGAUCACGUCCACUGUACUGUAACUACCUUUAUUCUUCACGUUCAUUCAGGCCCCUUCACCUCUAAUGUGGUUUACAAAGCUCAUCCUCCUUUAAGGUUGUUGUUGGGUCUUUCCGCUUUGCAGCAAAACGUUGCAUGGAGAGCGGACUCGACACAAUAAUCAUCCACAAUCCGAUCCCAAUCUUUUUUUGAUAUGUGUGUAAACGAGCGUAAUCGAAACCUGGUUUUCAUGCUUCGCAGCUGUAAUUCAGUGCGUAGCUCAGUGUUGUGAAUAAAAGGAAACAAGCAGCUAGCGGUAGCGACUCCAUCCCCUGCAUGCAUGUACUCCUUGUGUUGGUCUGCUUUUUUUCCUCCCCAAAGCAUUAAUAAAAAUGGCUGUUUGUACACAACUUAUUUUUUCAUGCAAUUUACAAAUACAGUAUGAUACAGGGACUGAUACUU